GCCUCUUCAGUUCAGUACAGCUCACUCCACCAUGUUUGUUUCAAUCGUCCUACUAUGGCUCUGCGUUUGGGUAAUCAUCCUUCAACUCAAAUCGCGGAGGCCCAAGAACUUUCCACCAGGACCUCCUGCCCUGCCCAUACUGGGGAACAUUUUGCACCUGCGCCUGGAGAACCCCCUACAGGACUUUGAGAGGCUGAGGAAGAUUUAUGGAAAUGUCUAUAGUCUGUAUUUCGGCCCCAAACCAGUUGUAGUCAUCAGUGGGACGAAGGCCAUAAAGGAAGCGUUGGUGACCAAGGCUGCUGAUUUUUCUGGACGACCCCAAGACCUAUUUGUCAAUGACGCCACCCAGAGGAAAGGAGUAAUUCUGGCAGACUAUGGCUCUAGCUGGAGGGAGCAUCGUCGCUUUGCUCUGAUGACCUUGAGGAAUUUUGGUCUGGGGAAGAAUUCCAUGGAAGAGAGGAUUCACAAAGAGCUUCAAUACAACAUUGACACGCUGGAAAAGAGCAUUGGCAAAACCCUGAGUCCUCAAAUUAUGUUUCAUAACAUGGCCUCCAACGUCAUAUGCCAGGUUCUGUUUGGUAGACGCUUCGACUAUGACGAUGAAUUCAUCAAAACGAUUGUUCAGUGCUUCACUGAGAAUUCCAAGAUAGCCAAUGGACCAUGGGCUAUGCUGUAUGAUUCUCUUCCCAUGAUUCGUAACUUGCCGCUACCCUUCAGAAAGGCCUUUAAGAAUGUUGUGACAUGUCAGAAUCUUGCAAUCCCUUUGGUGACAAAGCACAAGAAGACCAGAGUUCCUGGAGAGCCACGAGACUUUGUUGACUGCUAUCUGGAUGAACUGGAUAAGAGGGUCGAUGAUGGUUCUUCAUUUUCGGAGGACCGGCUCAUUAUGUACAUUCUAGAUCUGCACUUUGCUGGGACUGACACCACCUCCAACACCCUGCUCACUGCUUUCCUCUACCUCAUGGCUUACCCACACAUACAAGAGCGUUGUCAGCAGGAGAUAGACCGGGUGCUGCAGGAUAAGCAUCAGGCCAGUUUUGAGGACAGACACAGCAUGCCUUACAUGCAGGCUGUGAUCCAUGAAGUGCAGAGGAUAGCCAACACUGUUCCACUCAGCGUCUUCCACUCAACGACUAAAGACACAGAGCUCAUGGGAUAUUCCAUUCCCAAGGGUACAGUGAUCAUCCCUAACCUGACCACAGUGCUGAAUGAGGAGGGGCAAUGGAAAUCCCCCCAUGAAUUCAACCCUGAAAACUUUCUCAAUGACCAGGGAGAGUUUGUUAAACCGGAGGCCUUUAUGCCUUUCUCUGCAGGUCCUCGUAUGUGUCUCGGAGAGGGUCUGGCUCGUAUGGAACUCUUCCUCAUCAUGGUGACUCUGCUGAGGAAGUUUAAGUUUAUCUGGCCUGAGGAUGCAGGAAAACCGGACUUCACUCCAGUCUAUGGGGUCACUCUAACUCCCAAACCUUAUUUCAUGAAGGUUCAACUCAGGGAAAAGCAGUAAGGUGGUAAAGUGGCCUGUAGACACAGUGGAGCUUGAACCUGAUGAACAGCAAGUUACUCCUGAAAUCAAACAACCGAGGGCUUUUUGCACUAUAACAGUACAUAUAACAAGUUAACAAGUUAAGUUAACAAUACACACAUCAUACCUGAGCAUACCUGUGGAUGCUGAGAUUUACUAUUAGUUGUUAUUAAUGAGAAGUGAGUGUGAGAGGACAGGCAAGUCUACAGAAUUGGACACACAGCAUUGUGUGCUCAACCGAACCCCCCCCCCCCCCCCCCCCCCCCUUUACCUGCAUCCGCACAUCCAACACAGCCCCUCAGAGCAAGCUGUGUUCACUUGUCUACAUCACCAACUAACAUUAUGCUCGCUUACAAAAACCAGCCAACAACAUGUUAAGCUAACUAGCAUGCAAGCUUAGACACCAAACAAACCAAGCAAUCUUUUUCCAGGUACCAAACCUUUAGGUACCAAACAGGGUGUUAAGAGACAGAAGCUGUCCACCAAGCUCAGUUCACCCUUUACUGCCAGAAGAGUAGUAGAUUAUUUUUGACCGAGAGUCUGUUUCUGCUGGGAACCUAGCCACAGUUUGUCUCAGAACACAAUUAAAGUCUCCUCUUAUUAAAAUGAUUCCCUCUGAUUUGUCUGCUAAUUAAGAUGCUGUGUUC